CUGAAAACUACAGUAUUUUUGACGAACGUCAUUUCACAGCGUGAUGCAAUUUAUGAAGGAACCCUUUCCUGCUGUGUUUUCUUGUCAAUCUUCUGGCGGCCGUUUGUCGCGGAUGAGUGGCCCAAAGAACCACCGCGAGCUCGGCCUAGUCAUUGUAUCCUGCUAAAUAUUAUCUCUGGAGUGCACGCUUGAGGCCUCUGAUGCAUGGCUGCAUCCAGACGGAAGUUCCUUCUGUGGAUAUGCUCUUUGCACUUUGCCCAGAGUGAUCGAGCGCACGAACUCCUGACAGAUUUGAGGCUAGAGAGGAUCUCCGAGGAUGGAAGGAGCAGGCAUCAAUAUUCAGCUCGAGGAGCUUCUCUGGCAGACCUAGAGGCACUCAGCCUGCUGCAAAGAGAGGAGGGGGCGGACUCCAAAGCAGGCGUGAAGAUAGAUGCCAGAGCUGCCCAGGUCAACCACCAUUUGGAAGAGCCAGAAGGGGAAACUGAAACAUCACAACCUCCUGACAAGGCCCAAGAUUCAGAGGCCCGAGAGAAGUGGGAUGAGAGUGCUGGAAUGCCACUGCCAGAUGUUCCGGAGCUGCCAUCGACGAUGUAUGCCAAACUGAAAUCUGAGCUGGCCUCCGAUGGACCUGUCGAAAUUUCGAUCAAAGAAACGGAUGAGGCGGGUGAUGAGACAAUGAAGGAUGCAAAGGAGUGGAGGGAGACUGAAAGGGAGUUGCAGCAGGCAACCGAAGACCUGGGCAAAGCCUCCCACAAGGCAGCCAAAGACCUUCAGCAAGGCACCAGGCAAUUGCAGAAGGGGCGUUCCCGAGCAGCUCAAGACAUCGAGAAGGAGCUGCAAAGAGAAGAACAAGGAUAAGGUCUCGCUGAGCCAGUCGAAAGCUGAAGACAUUUAUGAAGACCUGAAGAGUGCUGAAGACCUGAAAAGUGGCCGUGUGCAGUGUGCACAAAGCACUGGGUUUGUCCGCUUUGAUACUGAGAUCAACAUGGUAUGAAUAUCUAUGCGUACGAAUAUGAUAGCUAGAUUACGAUGAACUUGAAGGAGCAACGGAGCAUGUGAGUGGCAGCUCGCUUCGUGCUCUUGUUUAGACCGCUGUUUUCAUGCAAAUUCCUCAGCAGACUCCAUCCACUCAGAUUUGACACAUCCACAUUCUUGCAUGUUCGGUCAUAAAGUAAAGCCUGAAAUGCUCGCAUCCAUUUUGAUACCUACCAAGGACGGUGCA